CGCGCGUUCCAAUUUUUUGACAGCCUUUUGACGCCGCUUUUCAAAAUUAAUCGUACCUCGCGCAAAAAAAAUAUGUCUCCAGUCCAUGGCGGGGCGCGUUGAUGGACCAGCUGACAUGUCAGAUAUGUGGCGACAAAUUAGCUUUCAAUCCGGAAUGCCCUUGCUCGUUAGGUGAGCACUUGUUGAGCCGUCAUCCUGAAUUGGAAAUGGCGCAUUUUUCACGCGAAGAUUUGUUUUGCCGCUGCAGUUCCGAGAGAAUUCCGCAAGACCACGCCCCAAAAAAGAAACCUUCUCCGUCGGUGAGAUUUAGAACUAAGUCUCGUAGCGGUCAAGCUCUUUUCAAGACGACUGUCGAGACUUGGAGACCCGGGCCUCGGAUGGUCACUUGUCCUCAAUGCAAUUACUUAGAGCGGCCUUGUAUCAGAAAGCAAAGAAACAGAGUAAGUUGAAGUUGCGUACUCGACCAUAGGUGCGUUGUGUCUCCUAUUGUGCUGGCCGAUUUGCUUCCUCCCUUUUUUUCUUCCGCAUGGUAGCGAUAUCGAAUUGUUUUGCAAGAAAUGCGGAGCCUUUCUGGGCAGAU